UCCAGAUCGCCAGACUGGGCCACAGCAACGUGUGGCAAGGGACUGCUAGUUGUUUAUAAACCUGUGAGCACCUUUGCUGGUUUCUGUGUCUGUCCUUGAGACCCUUCAUACCUCAAUUUCUUGGUAUUUUCAACGUGAGCCAUGAAGGGAAAAGGGGAUAAUCUUGGAAAGAAAGGAGGUUUGCGGCUUUAUGUUUAAUCUUUGGCUUCUUUCUUGACCAGGGAAAUGAAGACCCCAUGAAGUCACCUCUGGCAUGAUAAGGAAAUAUCAGCAUCUAGUGGAGAUUUAGUGAUUUGGAAACCAAACUGCAAUAAUGAAAGAAAUCCUAGAGGAAAAAGAAAUCCUCUCUACGUGCUGAUCUUGUGAAAUUCACCAUUGAUCAGAAAGGAAAAAGGAAGACUCAAGUGUUCGUAUUGCAAUUAAUUAUAUACAUAACUGUCAAAAUGGAGGAGACGCCCUAUACAAGUCUGGAGUGCGGAAUGAGUUUCACUACAAGUGGAAUUCUCCAUUUACAGCAAAGGACUCACACUGGGGAGGAACCCUUUACAUGCCUGGAGUGUGGAAAGAGUUUCGCUCAAAGUUCAGGACUACAUAAACAUCAAAGGACUCACACUGAGGAGAAACAAUAUACUUGCCUUGAAUGUGGACAGAGCUUCACUCAGCGUGGAAGUCUACGUUCACAUCAAAGAAUUCACACUGGGGAGAAACCGUAUAAAUGCCUGGAGUGUGGACAGAGCUUUGCUCAGAGUGGAAGUCUACAUAAACAUCGAAGGAUCCACACUGGAGAGAAGCCCUAUAAAUGCCUGGAAUGUGGACACAGCUUCACUCAGCGUGGAAAUCUAAAGUCACAUCGAAGGACUCACACUGGGGAGAAACCCUUUACAUGCCUGGAGUGUGGAAAGAGCUUCGCUUAUAGUGGAAAUCUACAUUCACAUCAAAGGACUCACACUGGGGAGAAACCUUUUACGUGCCUGGAGUGUGGAAUGCGCUUCACUGAAAGUUCAGGACUACAUAAACAUCAAAGGACUCAUAGUGGGGAGAAACACUAUAAAUGCCUGGAGUAUGGACAGAACUUCACUCAGAGUGAACAUCUACCUUCACAUCAAACGACUCACACUGAGGAGAAACAAUACACAUGCCUUGAAUGUGGACAGAGAUUCACUCAGCUUGGAAGUCUAUGUUCACAUCAAAGAACUCACACUGGGGAGAAACCCUAUACAUGCAUGGAGUGUGAACAGAGCUUCACUCAUAGGUCAACUCUACAUAAACAUCAAAGGAUUCAUACUGGGGAGAAACCUUAUACAUGCCUGGAGUGUGGAAAGAGCUUCACUCAGAGUGCACAUCUACAUUCACAUAAAAGGAUUCACACUGGGGAGAAACCAUAUAAAUGCCUGGAGUGUGGACAGAGCUUCACUCGUAGUGCAAAUCUAUGUUCACAUCAAAGAAUUCACACUGGAGAGAAACCCUAUAAAUGCCUGGAAUGUGGACAGAGCUUCACUCAGCGUGGAACUCUACGUUUACAUCAAAGGACUCACACUGGAGAGAAGCCCUAUAAAUGCCUGGAGUGUGGAAAGAGCUUUGCUCAAAGUUCAGCACAACGUAAACAUCACUGGAUUCACAUUGGGGAGAAACCCUAUAAAUGCCUGGAGUGUGGAUUGAGCUUCACUGAAAAUGGAAGUCUAAAUAAACAUAAAAGGAUUCAUGCUGGGGAGAAACCCUAUAAAUGCAUGGAGUGUGGGCAGAGCUUCACUCAUGGUGAAACUCUACGUUCACAUCAAAGGACUCACACUGGGGAGAAACCCUAUUCCUGCCUGGAGUGUGGAAAGAGCUUCGCUCAGCGUGGAAAUCUACAUUCACAUCAAAGGACUCACACUGGGGAGAAACCCUAUACAUGCCUGGAGUGUGGAAAGAGCUUCGCUCAGCGUGGAAGCCUACAUUCACAUCAAAGGACUCAUACUGGGACAUGAGGGUUUUAUGGAGCCACUUCCGGCAAGACAAGAAACAAACCAGCUUCUAGUGGAUAUGGAAGA